CGUCCCCCUCCCCCCCUUGCGCCCAAGUAGCACUACCCUCCCCCUCUCGUCUCCACCCGUCCCUCUCGCCCCCCCCCCUCUUCCGCACGCCCGCGGCCCGGCAUAGAAACCAGGGAACCUAGGCGCCUUUCCCUUUCGGGAAACUCCCCCUUCCCCUCCCUUCCCGCGGCGGCGGCUCUAAUCCCGCGGUUCGUUCUGGUGGCCCUGAUUUGGUGCGGGCGUGCCGUUCCGCUUCCCGGGCCGGCGAAUCCUCAACUCUCCGCUUCGUUUUGUGGCCUGCAGGUAGCCCGCGCGGGGCCGUGGUCCCACCUCUGCGGCGGGAUUCGUGGCCGGCGCGACUCCAGCUUGUGCUUGUGCUUGUGCCCGCCGACUCCAACUCGCGGCUACUGAAUCGUGAGGCGGAUGCUGCGGUGGGCCGUGAUCUUGUUAUCCCAAGCGCGUGGCUAGGUUUCGCGCGGGGAUGGAGGGGACUCGGGCGGCGGAGGCGGCCGGCGGCGGCGGGGAUGUGCAGGUUAAGGGCGGCAAGGAGAGCGGCCAGGCCGCGCAGCAGCAACAUCAGCAUCAGCAGCAGCAGCAGCUGCCGACGGGCAGCGAGCCGGUCGAGAUGCCCGCCACGCCGCUGCCGCACGCCCGCGAAAUCGAGUGGUCGGAGCAUUUCUCCUUCUUCAACUCCAUGGGCACCGGCACCGGCACGGACGGCGUGAUGGGGACGCCCAGCGUCGGGAUGUCGCGCUCCGAGUCGUCCAGGCCCGGCAGCGUCACCCAGCAGCAGCGCUGCCUGGCGGGCUGCAACGCCGACGAGAAGGUGGAGGAGCUCACCGUGAGGAACUGCAUCAGCUCUGAGGCCCAGCAGCCUGCUGCCUCUGCCGGUGGGAGCACUAGCAGCAGUGGGGACAGGCCUGCCGUUAUGCGGGGCCUCUGGGGUAACUUCACGCGCAUGGCCUGGAGGACCGCCGAUGCCGCUAGCAGGGAAGCCUUGGCGGUCAGCCGUGGUGACAUUGCAAACUUGAGGAAUGCUGAUCUGGUCAGCAGGGAAAAUUUGGCCGUCAGCCUUGGCAACGGCAUGGGGUCUCAGCACAUUGAUGCUUCUGGCAAUGGAAUGCCAUUUGGCCGCGGCGAAAAUGUUAAUACGGAGUUCAGUAUGUCAUUUGGUAAUCAGCAGCAGCAGCAUAUCUUGUCUUCACGGCUGAAUCAGAGCGAGCAGCAUAUCUUGUCUUCACGGCUGAAUCAGAGCGAGCAGCAUAUCUUGUCUUCACGGCUGAAUCAGAGCGAGCAGCUUAUCUUGUCUUCACGGCUGAAUCAGAGCGAGCAGCAUGACCUGUCUUCACGGCCAAAUCAGAACGAGCAACAUGUCCUGUCUUCACUGCCGAAUCAGAGCGAGCAGCAUGUCCUGUCUUCACGGCCGAAUCAGAGCGAGCAGCAUGUCCUGUCUUCACGGCCGAAUCAGAGCGAGCAGCAUCCCCCCUCUUCACGGCCGAACCAAAGCGAGCAGCAUAUCUUGUCUUCACGGCAGAACCAAAGCGAGCAGCAUAUCAUGUCUUCACGGCCGAACCAAAGUGAGCAGCAUAUCAUGUCUUCACGGCAGAAUCAAAGUGAGCUGCAUAUCAUGUCUUCACGGCCGAAUCAAAGUGAGCAGCAUAUCAUGUCUUCAUGGCCGAAUCAAAGUGAGCUGCAUAUCCCGUCUUCACGGCCGAAUCAAAGUGAGCAGCAUAUCCAGUCUUCACGGCUGAAUCAGAGCGAGCAGCAUAUCCUGUCUUCACGGCCGAAUCAAAGCGAGCAGCAUAUCCUGUCUUCACGGCCGAAUCAAAGCGAGCAGCAUAUCUUGUCUUCACGGCCGAAUCAAAGUGAGCAGCAUAUCCUGUCUUCACGGCCGAAUCAAAAUGAGCAGCGGUCUGAAAGGGAUAAUGGUCUGAAAGUGAGUAGCUUCUCAAAUAGAAUUAUCGACCAGAUGAGGAGUAAGACUUUGACACCUUCAUCUGGGGUUCAGGGUUCCCCCUUUAAGCCUGUAUUGAAGGGUAAAAGGGUUACCUACCAAGGUUCACGCGAGGAGAUCCAAGUUCAAGCUAAUGCAAGACCCAGAGCCCCUAUGGAUAAGAUCCCUAAGAUUCCUAGCUCAACACACGAUUCUGUGGCCAGAUUGGAUGGUACACUUUUCAGCAGUGGUGGAAAUGUUUCCGAAUCUCAGUAUGAGGGAACGAGCCUGAGGGAACUAAUUAAGCCCGCACGCCAAGCGAUGAGCAAGUUUGAGAAAAUGCAGUUGUUCAAGCAGAUCCUUGAUCAUGUAGACAAAUCCCACGCACAGGGUGUAACCUUACAGCAGUUGCGACCGUCGUAUUUUAUAAUAUCAUCCCCAAACCAAGUAAGGUAUAUCGGUUCUUACAGCAAACAAGAUUUAUCAACCCCAGCCAAACCGGAUAUGGCCGCAGAUGAUGUUUUUAACAGAAAACGAUGCUUCGAUCAGAAAACUUUGCACCAAGAGUGUAAUGGCAAUGGACAUUCAAUCCUGAAGUAUCAGAAGGUUGGUGAACAAGGUUCUGUUGCCGUCAGGCGACCGAUACAUCCCUUCCGGACUGACCACAAAGGGGGCAACCAAAGUGAAGGUGCUGAUCUAGGUGCUUUAGGACAGGGAAAUUCUAGUUGCACCGUCGGAGGUCGUUCUAAGUUUGGCGAACCUUACUAUGGCGGUAAUGCAUCUUAUGGCCAACGUUUUCCUAAUUAUGGCAACCAAGAAUCAGUACUUGAAUUGAGGAUGCUAGAAGAUAGCUGGUACAGAAGCCCGGAAGAGCUCAAUCAAUCGAAAGGCACAUUCCCAUCCAACAUCUACAGCCUUGGGGUUCUUUUAUUUGAGCUCUUUUGCUGCUGUGAAACAUGGGAGCUGCAUUGUGCUGCAAUGUCAGAUCUUCGCCACCGGAUCCUGCCUCCAAUUUUUCUUUCAGAAAGUCCCAAGGAGGCUGGCUUCUGCCUUUGGCUAUUGCAUCCGGAUCCUUUUUCUCGACCAAAAGCAAGAGACAUUCUAGGAUGUGACUUGAUAAAUGAGGGUCAGGAUUUGUCGGUGUUAGAUAAGGCGCCAGCUGCUAUCAAUGAGGAGGACACAGAGUCUGGUUUGUUACUGAAUUUUCUGUCUCAACUGAAAGAAGAAAAGGAGAUGCAUGCUGCCAAGUUAUCAGCAGAUCUUGCAAGCUUGCAGACUGAUAUUGUAGAGGCUGAGAGAAGACACUCGUUGAGGAUGGGGUUCAGUUUAGGGGACAUGGAUGUACCAGCAAGUUCUAAUGAUGUGCCAGGUACUUCAUCAAAUGCCCUGAGAGGGGCAUCGUUGUCAGGUUUGCUAACACCACCAGGCAGGUCAGGCAUAUACGAGGAGAGGGUGAUGAAGAAUUUGCAGCAGCUUGAAAAUGCAUAUUACUCCACGAGGUCCACCAUUGAAACAUCUGAGACUAAUGUAAUUAAGCGUUCCGAUAAUGAUGCUUUAAGGGUCCGUGAAAACUUUAACCACAGUGACGCCGAUGCUAUGAAUGGGCCAACAGACCGCCUUGGAUGCUUUUUUGAUGGUCUAUGCAAAUAUGCCCGGCAUAGUAGGUUUGAAGUACGAGGGAUUUUGAAGAAUGCUGAUAUACUUAACUCUCCAAAUGUGAUCUGCUCUUUGAGUUUUGACCGUGAUGAAGAAUAUUUUGCUGCUGCUGGGGUCUCAAAGAAAAUCAAAAUAUUCGAAUUUGAUGCUCUUUUAAAUGAUCAUGUUGAUAUUCAUUAUCCUAUAGUAGAGAUGCCUAGCAAGUCCAAGCUUAGUUGUGUCUGUUGGAACAACUAUAUAAAGAACUACUUGGCAUCAACAGACUAUGAUGGCACUGUUCAGCUAUGGGAUGCAAGCACUGGCCAAGGGUUCACACAGUUUACAGAGCAUCGGAAAAGAGCUUGGUCUGUGAGUUUCUCAGAGGUGGAUCCAACUAGAUUGGCAAGUGGGAGUGACGAUUGUUGCGUGAAAGUUUGGAAUAUUAACCAGAAAAAUAGCGUGGACACAAUCAGAAAUGUGGCCAACGUAUGCUGUGUACAGUUCUCGCCGUACUCCUCUCGUAUGUUAGCCUUUGGCUCAGCUGAUUACAAGACAUACUGUUAUGAUCUGAGGCAUACAAGGAUCCCCUGGUGUACCAUUUCUGGACAUGGGAAAGCUGUCAGCUAUGUAAGAUUCUUGGAUGCAGAAACGCUUAUAUCUGCGUCAACUGACAAUACCUUGAAGAUAUGGGAUCUCAACCGGACUAAUCCUAAUGGAUUAUCUACUAAUGCUUGCAGUCUGACAUUGAGUGGUCAUACCAACGAGAAGAAUUUUGUAGGCUUAUCCGUUCACGAUGGAUACAUAACGUGCGGUUCUGAAAACAAUGAAGUAUAUUCUUACUAUAAAAGCUUUCCCAUGCCAAUAACUUCCCAUAAGUUUGGUUCCAUUGACCCAAUAACCGGACAAGAGACGAAUGAUGAUAAUCAGCAGUUUGUGUCGAGCGUUUGCUGGAGAGGAAGGUCAAAUAUGGUGGUAGCCGCCAACUCUAGUGGGAGCAUCAAAGUCCUUGAGCUUGUUUGAACAAUCUGUUGAGCAAGUUACAGGAUGAGAAUAUCUAACUGGCUGUGGUUGCCAUGUUGCUUUGGCGACCGUAUGUUUCAUCAAGCAUUCUGCCUUGCCAACAACGAAGUGCCAAGAUAUAUCAAAGGCAGAGACAUCAAAAGCCGUGGAAAAACACACUUCCGCAGUUGAAGCAACCUACAAUUCUGACUAUUGAUGUUUGCUCGAAACCCCCUAUGAAGUGGGCGACUGGAGGGGGUGAAAGGCCUCAGCUACUCUGAAAGAUAAACUUUGUAAGGCGCUUUGACAUAGUAGUCAGCAUCUCAACGAGGGCCUAGGGCUAGGUUUCUGUACAGAUUUAGGGGCUUCAAAUGCCGUGUAUUUACUUUUGAGCUAGAGCCUUACAUGCUAUGUUUACCCGAUCUGAUCCGCAUCUCACGGGAAUCGACGCAGUUUUGAUGUGCAAUGACUAACAGUCUAGUAUGAUGGUCGGAGCAAAACUGCAGAAGGUGACAUUGUUGUCUGAAGGAGUUUAUCAUGCAUCCUGAUGUGUGCGAGUGAUGCAACGAGGGUUUGUGUAUGCCAAUUUUUUUUGUAGCCCCCUUAUUUGAAUAGAGUAA